AUCUGUCAGCUUCCAUAUGUCAGCCUCCUCUGAUUGAUUGCCUGGUUGUAUAUUGCUCCAAUUCUCCAUCACUUUCUUCUCUCCUUUUCUUUUUGUUUUUUACUCUGUCUUGCAGUCCUAGUUUUUCUUUAACCAGCAUCUCUUUUAUUCCCUCCUCCCUCUUCCUUCUUCAGAUUCCCUCCACCCUCUCCGUCUUCCUUGUCAAACAUCGAAAACCAAACCUUUUUCUUCUUCUUGGAUUGUAUUCCUCCUGUGCCAGUUGCCAACUGACAAGAGUUUUGAGUUGCCGGCAUUCAAUAGUUAAUGUGCUAUUUGGCAUUUCAGCAACUGGGUUUUGCCUGAAGUUUCCGGGAUUGCCCUGAGUUCGCCUAAAAGAGCUUUGAGUGUAAGGGAAAGGAUUUGGUAUCAGCAGUUCACACAAACACAAAUGGCGUCGUCUUUGCAGGAUCUUUUAGCAGAAGAUGGAUUUAGGAGAAAAAAAUUGUUGAGCAAAUCAAAGGCUUCCUCCUUCCACUCAGGUUCAACUACGCGUCAUUUGGCUAAUUCGGAUCCACACAAGAGACAUUCCAUGUCAGGGGAUAGAAUUAGGACAGAGAAAACAAGGUCUGAUGUGUCUCGGUUUGCUGUGAAUAAUGAUCUUCCAACGGGUGAUGGUGUUGCUGGUAGGAGACCAUCCGUUGAUGGAGGAUCAAAGAAAGAAGUUAGGGAUGGACUCGGAGAAACAGGUGCUACUAGGUUGAGGGAAGCUAGAAGUUUGAAUAGAAUUUUUCCGCGGAGUCUGCCACGAAAUGAGAUAGUUGAGGUUGAAGGUGAAGAUUUUGAGAGAUACAAGGACAUAUAUUCGAACGAAUUGUAUAGCUCAGAAAAAAGAAAGGAUAAGUAUUUGAUUGGAAGUAUGGAAGACGAUGGACUUGAAGAGAGCUCAAAGAAGGACACGAAGUUUGAUAGGAGGAAUGGCCACAGUUCAAACAAAUAUGUUCCUGGACGUACGAGUUUUAGUGACAGCAAUAGACAAAGCAGGAAACUGCCAGAGACCUCACAUGACAGAUCAAGGAGAGAUUCAUCAUAUAGCAAAACUUCGGAAGAUGUUCGCAGACAAAAGAGUGAUAAAGUUUUACGGGCAGUUCCUGAACCUGCUCUUGAUGAGAUUGCAAUCCAAGCCAUUGUUUCCAUUCUAAGUGGAUGCAUUAAGCAGUUUCUCAAAGAUGAGAAUUUCCGGCAUGAACUCAGAGACAAAUGUAUCUCCUUCCUAAACUUUGUUGAUCUGGAAGAAGGGAAUGCCGAGAGCAGAAUCAUUGCCAGAUUUGAACAGGCAAUCGAAACAGUGGAAAAGGCAGCAGAGGAGUCAGCAAGUGAACGGGAUUUAAAACGAGCUUCAUUGCAGCUUAGUGUUAUAACCGGGUUGAACAAUGCCGAUUUGAAAGAUGGAUUGACAGCCGGAGUUCCUAAUUACAAACUGUCAGCUUGUGCUCAUCUCUAUCUCAGUGUGGUGUACAAGUUACUGAAGAAAGACCGUGUAUCAGCAAAGCAUCUUUUGCAAGUUUUUUGUGAUACGCCCUUUCACACACGAAUGACAUUGUUGCCUGAAUUAUGGGAUCAACUAUUUCUUCCACAUUUGACACAUUUAAAGACGUGGUAUGAUCAGGAAGCUGAUUCAAUAGCGGAUAGACAAAACAAGCCGAGGAAGCUGAAGCUUUUAGGAAAAAUGUACAAUGAAAUGUUGGAUUCUGGGACUUACCAAUUUGCCGUUUACUAUAAGGACUGGCUCACCGAAGGAGUUGAAUCUCCUCCCACUCCUGCUAUCCAUAUCCCAUCUGUAGUAUCUCUUCAGGAAGCUCAGCAGGGAAGUUCUGAAAGUCAUUCUUCGGAAGCACCUAGUCCAGGCGGUUCACAGCUAAUGGUCAGCAAAAAACUAUACGAUUCUGUGUUUAGCCGUGCAAGUAAACCUGAUCCUAAUGAUACCGAGGAUGAUGGAGAGAUGGAAAACUUGGAUACUAUUACGAGAAGUUCUGAUGGUUCAUUUGUUGUGAAACAAGUAACUCAGGACUCUGCCGAAAGAGUUCAAUAUCAGUACCACGACACUGAAGAUGAUUACUCUAAGAGUGCGCCGGAAGAUGGAUCCCUUUCUGUGUCAUCGUCAUGCUCUAGAACAUUUUUGAAGGAAAAUGGACUCUUCACGACAGAAGAGCAAAAAUGGGGUUCUCUUGGAGUGAGUGAUCUACCAGAAAGCAACCUAAAUCAUCAGUUCGGUGACAUGUCUAGAGAAAACUCAGAAAGCCCCCGUACGCUGCAUGCACAGGAGAAUAAGGUCACCCUCAAAAUCCAUGUAAACUCCGUUUUUGAACAGAAGCACAUGGAGGAUUCCAGCGAUCACAAUUUAUCUAUGAUAUCGAAUUUCAGUGAACCUUCGAUUGCCAGUUCUAUUGUAAACCCAAUCAAAGCAAGGUCUUCGUUCGAAGAUUUACAUGGAAAUUAUUUUGAAGGAGUCACUUUUUCGGGCAUUCCUCAGGACUUCAUAUGCCCUCUAAAUGGACGGUUGUUUGAAGAUCCAGUGACCCUAGAGACGGGUCAAACCUUUGAGCGUUUGGCCAUCAAGGCGUGGUUUGAUCAGGGAAACAGAACAUGUCCGGUGACAGGAAAAGCUUUGGAAUGUCUAGUGUUGCCUCUUCCUAACUCUAUCUUAAAGCGCGUGAUUCGUAGUUGGAAAUCUGAACAUUGUCGGAAACUCUUGGCUUUUGCCUCUCAUGUAGUGGGGACCUUGGUGAGAGAUGUGUCCAGUCACUGCGACGAGACUGCUAUUUCCGUGCUAGAGCAGCUUCUCACUUGUUUCAGCAAUGAGGAAAGGACAGAAAAUGCCAAGCACCUGAUCUCUCUUGGAGGCUUGCAGUUUCUUCUUCAGCGGUUUCAUUAUGGAAAAGUUGAAGAGAAAUCGCGUGCAGCAGCAUUACUGUCGUGUUGCAUAGAAGCAGAUGCAGAUUGUAGGAAUCAAAUAGCAAGAGACAUUAACAAACAGUAUGUUAUGGAGAUGCUCCAAAGCCAGCAAUUUAAAAUAAGAACAAAUGCAGUGUUGUUGUUGACGGAAUUGAUUUGCCUCAAGAGGAAGAAAGACGUCACAACAUUUCUCAGUGGCUUGCAGAUUGAGGGGAUGGUGGAUACAAUGGAUGUUCUGCUUGCGUGUCUCCAGAGUUCUCCAGCUAACCACAGACCCCUGGUUGCCGUCCUUUUGUUGCACGUAGAUCUUCUGGUAGAGAGGAAGCUGUCGAUGCCAUUACAUAGAGAAGAAGCUGUCGACGCCAUUACAGAGGCUCUUGAUUGCAGCCUAACUGAUGAGAACGUCCAAAAGAAUUGUUGCACAGCACUUCUUAUCUUGGGAAGGUUUUUCUCUUGCUCCAGAAAUUCAUCACAAAGUUGGAUCUUAAAGCAAGAAGAUUGUAGUGGCAAUACUGAAGUGAAUUCACUCGACAACAAAGAAGACAUUUCACUAGCUGAUGACAUGUCUCCAUUGGAUGAGCGAGAAAAUUCCAGUGAAGAUUGGUUGAGGAACUUAACAGUGUCACUACUCGGUUAUGGAAAGAAGUCUUUUGUAGAAACCCUUUCAAAGUGUUUAGGAUCCGAAAACUUGGAAUUGAUUAGAAUGUGCCUAAUCACCGUGGAAUGGUUGAGCCGCGCACUUUCUUCACUGCCCGGUUCUGAGUUUCAGCUAUCCAGCUUCUCAUCUCUCAUUUUCCACUAAAACAAUGUCUGAAGACCAGCGAGCAGGUUGAGCAGAAGAUCCUUGCUUCAAUGUCCAUGCUCAACUUCAGCAAAAUAUCAGAAUGCAGGGUGCUUUUAAGAGAAAACACAGAAGACAUUGCAGUUCCUCUAGAAAACCUUGCUGAAGUAACUUGGAGUGCAAAACUACUACAUGACAUUAUUUCUGAAGAAAAUCAUUAAUCUAGCACGAAAGACGUUUACCGGUAUUAUUCCUCUGUAAUUUUCACAAUUGUGCAGGUGUUUACGUUUUCUUGGAGCAAAUCUGCAGCUUUCCUUAAGUCUUGAUUUGGCCAGGAAUUUUUAGGCUCCUAUAGCGAGUGAUGUAUUGUAACUUCUGGUACAAGAAAACUUUGUAUAUAAAUGUUUUGUUAUAUAAACUUAAUUGCAACUUCUGGUCA